AAAAUCUUCAGCUGGUUACGAAAACGGCCGGUCAAGCCUUUAAAAAAGGUUCAAAAGAUGAUGAGAUGGUCUACUUCUCAAGUCGUGAUUGGUCAUUACAGAGGACACAUAAAUCGUGGUUGCGAGAAUCGUACACGAGUGAAUUUGAGUGUGCAAGCGGUUGAAGAACAGAGACCAUGGCUUAAUGCGCAACAGGUAGAUACAUAUGGCACAUGCUUUCGGGGGACGAGCUUGGAUCCCGAGUGGUCUCCUCCAGACAUAGGAGUGGUUAAGUGUAAUGUGAAUGCUGAUUGGAGAAAUGCUGCUGUGAUGAGUGGAGUAGCUUGGGUUGCUCGUGAUUGUUAUGGUUCGGUUCUAUACCAUGCAAGAGAGGCUUUUACAGGGUCUUCAAAUAGGAUCAUGGCUGAGUUGCGGUGUAUCUUGUGGGCUCUUCAAAGCUUACGAGAUCUUCGUUUGCAAAACGUGAUAAUCUCUUCUGAUUGUCAAGCUGCAAUUGCUGCCUUGUAUAAUCCUCGGGAUUGGCCUAGAUAUCGAAUGUGGCUCGAUGCUAUUUCCAGAGCUGCUAAAUCAUUCCGUUUUAUCAACUUUGAGCUGGUCUUCAAGAUAUUCCAGGCAUGGCGCAACCAUGACGAGCUUUCUGGUGUGAGAUACGAAAUCAUCUUUGCUGGAUCAACAUGUCUUUUCAUUUGGAUAAGACUGAGCUGAUGAAGAGUCAUUGUUCCUAUAGUGCAUCAACUAAAUGUAAGUUUUACCUGUGUGUUAUUUUGUUCUUAUUAAUCCGUACUUGAGUCGUUAUAACUAGACCACGCUAAAGCUUUUUAAAAAUGUUGACAGCUAAUCUGUUGAAAUUUUUGAGUAAGACAUUAGUUAUGGAUGAGAUUGAUAUUUCGUGUGGAUGUCAUGCUUCCGUAAAAGCAAAGGAGAAAGUUCUAUUGCUUAAUAAUCUUUAAUUUCUAUU